CUGUUCCCUGAUGUUUUAGCCCACUCAGAUCGCUGUAACAAAACACCACAGACUACAUGGCUUAUAAACAACAGAACUGUAUUUCUCAGAGUUCUGGAGGUUGCAAGUCUAAGACAGUGGUGCCAGGUUCUGUGUCUGGUGAGAAGCCACUUCCUGGUUCAUAUAAGGCCCUCUUCUUGCUCUAACCUUAUAUGGCAGAAGGGGCAAGGAGCUUUCUCAUACCUCUUUUAUAAGGGCACUAAUCCCAUUCAUGAAGACACCACCCUCAUGACUUAAUCACUCCCCAAAGACUCCACCUCCCAACACCAUCACAUUUGGCAUUAUGUUUGAACAUAUGAAUUUUGGGGGUACACAAACAUUCAGAGCAUAGCACUUGAGAUCUGUUCAAGAUGUCUCAUAUAUUGGCCCUGCGCCCCGCCGCCGCCGCCAUGGGCUGCCUCGGAAACAGUAAGACCGAGGACCAGCGCAACGAGGAGAAGGCGCAGCGCGAGGCCAACAAAAAGAUCGAGAAGCAGCUGCAGAAGGACAAGCAGGUCUACCGGGCCAUGCACCGCCUGCUGCUGCUGGGUGCCAGAGAAUCUGGUAAAAGCACCAUUGUGAAGCAGAUGAGGAUCCUGCAUGUUAAUGGGUUUAAUGUAGAGGGUGACGAAGAGGACCCGCAAGCUGCAAGGAGCAACAGCGAUGGCAUAUAUUAUCCCUAGAUGAUGGCUACAGUUUCUCAUCUUCCCGGCUAUGUCCUAUCACACUUUGCAUGCUGGAAUUGCCUGGUCUUAGGAACUUCUAAUAAGAAUACUAUUCUGUUGUGGGGGGGAGAGGGAUGGGGCCCUACCACCUAACCUCAAAAGAUAACUGAAAACAAACAAAAAAAAUACAAAAAAAACCACACACACAAAAAAACACAAAAAAAUAUGGCAUGAAAUCCUUAAUUGGCAGAAAUGUAGUGUAAUAGCAAUCCAAAAAAGGCAUCUACAUAAAAGUGACUGACAGUUUACUGUACCAAAAGUUGGCAUUUGAGAAAUAUGACAAACCCUUAUAGAACCAACUACAGUGUACUAGAUGCUGCGCUAGAUCCUUGAACCCUACUAAUGCCUUGCCUGCACUUCUCUCUGUGAAUCUGUUCUGCAAGUAAAUAUAAGAAUUAACAUACGUGAUAAAUAAAAAUUCUCUGCAUGUCUCAGCAAAAAAAAAA